AUCUCGGAUUGUGAAGCUGGGUUGCAUCUCUUGGCACUAUGAUUCUCUUUCUCGUUCACCUUGACGUGUGUGGUUCCACGCUCAACUGACGUUUACAGACUAAUUCCGAGAUUAGGAAAAUCAAGAGAAUGAAUUCAUAAUCUCUCAUCGAGAAACUCAAUAAAUAAUAGUUAAUGAGAUUCGUGGUUGGAUUGUAAUAUUUAUAAUAUCGAUGGCGCUGCUGACGAAUUAAUACCACGUGACUACAUUUGACGCUAAAAAUCUGCCUCAAGCGUCAGCAUGAAAUUGCACCUUCAGUCAUUCGGUUUCUGCUGACGAGUUGAUCUGACUAACCUUUAGCUGACUCCUCAAAUCGGUGUUUUUAUCUUCUACAAAAAAAUGUGGCGAAUUCUUCUGUGGAUCGUCCCGGCCUUCGCCAUUGUCACUGCUGAAUUAUCAAGAGUUCCUUUAUAUAAGGCACAGAGUGCUCGAAGGAAGCUUGAAUCCGUUGGAACUGAGUUGAAACAAGUUCGUUUGCGUUACGGAGGUCCCACUCCAGAGCCCUUGUCCAAUUAUUUGGAUGCCCAGUAUUACGGAUAUAUAACGAUUGGCACUCCACCCCAGCAAUUUAGCGUUGUUUUUGACACCGGCUCAUCUAACCUUUGGGUGCCCUCCAAGAAAUGUCAUUUCACAAACAUUGCUUGCAUGCUUCAUAACAAAUACAACAGUGCAAAAUCUUCUUCUUACCAGCCAAAUGGUACAGAGUUUGAAAUUCGAUAUGGUUCUGGUAGUCUUUCAGGAUUUUUAUCAACCGACACUGUCUCUUUUGGAAAUCUCGAUGUCCAAAAACAGACUUUUGCUGAAGCAAUGAACGAACCUGGCCUUGCUUUUGUUGCUGCAAAGUUCGAUGGCAUAUUGGGAAUGGCUUAUCCAAAGAUUUCUGUAGAUGGUGUCACGCCAGUUUUCAACAAGAUGAUAGAUCAGGGGCUUGUCUCGCAACCGAUCUUCAGCUUCUACUUGAACAGAGAUCCUGUGGCUAAAUUUGGCGGAGAAUUAAUUCUUGGUGGUUCUGAUCCAGAUCAUUAUUCGGGUGAUUUUACAUACGUUCCAGUCGAUCGUCAAGCUUACUGGCAGUUUAAAAUGGAUAAAGUUAAGGUGGGAGAUAAAGUUUUUUGUGAACAAGGUUGCGAGGCUAUUGCAGAUACAGGAACUUCUCUCAUAGCAGGUCCAGUUACAGAAAUCGAGGCCAUCAAUAAGGCUAUAGGUGCCACACCUCUUAUCGCCGGAGAAGCCAUGGUUGACUGUACACUGAUUCCUCAGCUUCCGACAAUUGGUUUUAUUCUUGGAGGUAAAACUUUUACCCUGAGAGGAGAAGACUACGUUUUGAAGGUCAGUCAAUUCGGAAAGACGAUUUGUCUCAGCGGUUUCAUGGGCAUUGACAUUCCGCCGCCAAAUGGGCCACUGUGGAUAUUGGGUGACGUUUUCAUCGGGCGUUACUACACCGAAUUUGACAUGGGCAACAAUCGCGUGGGAUUCGCGACGGCCAAGUAGUAAAGAGAUAAUCGAAAAUUGGAAUGCCAGGUAUGAAGUUCGGAGACAUUUUUAAGCUUAUUCUCCAAACAAAAGGAAUUGAGAGGUGAAAAUAUCGAUAGGAUACCCUGCAAAUGCAUGCAGUACAGAGGCAGUUGUUAAUUAUCGAGAAAAACAUAGAUGUAUUACGUGCGUAUCAAUGGCUAUCUGUGCCUAUAUCUAAUAAGGAUUAAAUACUGAAGUUAGCGAACUAUCACCGAUAUAAAAAUUACAAUAAUAUUAAUCAUGAAACGUAAUCAAUGAGAGUCAAAAAUGAUUUGAAAGCAAAACACUUAAAAUAUCUUUACAAGUCUACUGCACUGUUAUGUUACGUUUUAGUUUUCGUUCUUAUGAUGUACGUACAUGGGAUAUAUUCUGUAUCUUCCAAUACAUUUUAUCAAAAUACUUUCA